AUGAAAUCUAAAGAUAUUCAAAACGUUGUACUCUGCAUGACUGAUGAUGGUAUGUCAUCACUACAAAUUACCAAAGAGCUACGAAAGGUGGCCAAUGAACGAACAGUCAGACGAUGGCAACAUCUAUAUAGAAGUGUCGGUACAAUUGAUUUAAAAAUACCACCUGGUCGACGAAGUGCAAGAAAAUUAGCUAAUUCACUUGAUGUUUCGAAAGGAACAAUCGGUCGAAUUAUUCAUGAUGAUCUUCAUUUACAUGUCUAUCAUGUUACAAUUCAGCUGAAUCUAAAAGAUGAACAUAAACAAGCAAGAGUAUCAUUUGCGUAUUAG